AUGCACAAAAGUCUAGUGGCAGCGGCCGUCUUGGCCGCUACCGCCCGGGCCCACGCCCUCACCGAGGCCAAGGUCAACGUUUACUGGGGACAGAAGGGAGACGCCAGGCUCAGGGAUCACUGCGACCAGGCCAACUUCGACUAUGUCACUAUUGGCGCUCACUGCGAUGCCACCUACUACACGAACGGCACAACCAGCGGGCACAUGAAUGGCAAGUGCAGCGUCGUUGCGUCGGACAUUAAGCACUGCCAGGAGAAGGGAAAGAAGGUUCUGCUUUCCCUUGAUGGUGUCGAGCACAUGGGCUCGCGCUUUUCUCUGUCCAGCGAAGCCAAGGCCGAGGAGUUUGCCAGCUUCCUGUGGGGAGCCUUUGGACCCUACGAUGCCAAGUGGACGGGACCCCGUCCUUUUGACUACGCUGGCCACCGCGUCUCGGUUGAUGGUUUCAACUUGGAUGGUGAGCUCAAGCUCAACGGAGCCGGCGAAGGUGCUUAUGCCGCCAUGGCCAAGAAGCUUCGUGAGUUGUACAACGGCAACGCCGAGCUCCUUCUUACUGCCGCCCCCGGAUGCUCGCUUGAUGAUGUCAAGAUGAAGGCCAUCUUCGACAACGCCCAGUUCGAUGCCCUGUUCAUCCAGUUCUACAACAACCCUAGCUGCGAGGCUGCCUCGGCCUCUGGCUUCAACUACCUCCAGUGGGAGAAGGCCAUCGCCGCCGGCAUGAGCAAGGAGGCCAAGCUCUUCAUCGGUCUUGCUGGAGCUUCUGAUGCCGCCGGCUCUGGAUACAUCGAGCCCCUCGAGGCUGCCGCUCUGAUCAACACCUACAAGACCCGCUCCUCUUUCGGCGGUGCCAUGGUCUUGGAUGCCUUCCGCGGCCAGACUUUGGCCAACGGAAUGACUUUCCUCGAUGUGAUCAACACUGUUGUCUCCUCCGCCGAGGCUGUUGACCUGAGCUCUGAGUUCUGCGAGGACGAGUCUGCCCUUCCCAAGGUCCCCUCCGUCACCGAGGGUUCUGCCGGUGGCUUUUUCACUGUUGCUGAUCCUUCCGCCAUCACCUCUGGCCCCGUCGUUCUCCCCUCUGGUGGCAGCUCUGUUCUCCCCUCCGGUGGUAGCUCUGAGGACGAGGUCUGCGAGGACGAGAAUGUCAUUCCCAAGGUCCCCUCCGUCACCGAUGGCGCUCACGAGGUUAACCCCACCAUUGUUGAUACUUCUAUCAUCACCUCUGUCCCCGUCGCUCUCCCCUCUGGCGACCGCUCCGAGAUCAUUGGCGGCAGCCCCGCUACCGAGGACGACGUUUGCGAAGGCGAGAUUAUGACCGAGGAUCCUCUUCGCUCUGGCGUUGUUCCUAGCGGUGUUAUGCCCACCGGUGCCCUUCCUUCUGGCGACAGCUCCGAGAUCAUUGGCGCUAUUCCCUCUGGCUCCGUUCCCCUUGGCUCUGCUCCCUCUGGCCUCGUUCCCUCUGGCUCUAUUCCCCUUGGCUCUGCUCCCUCUGGCCUCGUUCCCUCUGGUACCGUUCCUUCUGGCGACCGCUCCGAUAUAAUUGGCGCUAUUCCCUCUGGCUCCAUUCCCCUUGGCUCCGCUCCCUCUGGCCUCGUUCCCUCUGGUGCCGUUCCCCUUGGUUCUGCUCCCUCUGGCCUCGUCCCCUCUGGCGCCGUUCCUUCUGGUGACCGCUCCGAGAUUAUUGGCAGCCCUACUGAUGAGGACGACGUUUGCGAAGGCGAGGACCCUGUUCGCUCUGGCCUUGUUCCCUCUGGUGCUGUUCCCUCUGGCGACCGCUCCGAUAUCAUUGGCGCUAUUCCCUCUGGUUCCAUUCCCCUUGGUUCCGCUCCCUCUGGCCUCGUCCCCUCUGGCGCCGUUCCUUCUGGCGACCGCUCCGAGAUCAUUGGCGCUAUUCCCUCUGGCUCCGUUCCCCUUGGCUCUGCUCCCUCUGGCGCCGUUCCCUCUGGCGACCGCUCCGAGAUCAUUGGCAGCCCCGCUGACGAGGACGAUUAUUGCGAAGGUGAGAUUACGCCCGAGGACCCUGUUCGCUCUGGCCUUGUUCCUAGCGGCAUUGUUCCGACUGGCGCCGUUCCCACUGGCCUCGUCCCCUCCGGCGCUGUCAUCGGAAGCACCGUCCCCGGCGGUGUCAUCCCCAGCGGCGUCGCCCCCGGCGGUAUUCUGCCCUCUGGUGUCGUUUCCAGCGUUGGCUCCAAGGUAACAGGCCCUAUUGAUGGCGAUAACGUUGCCCUUCCCAGCGUUGGUCUUCCCUCCGGUGCUAUUGCUUCCGGUGUUGUUCCUUCCGGCGUUGUUCCCUCCGGCGUCGUUUCCAGUAUUGGCUCUAAGGUCACUGGCCCUAUCGAUGGCGAUAACGUUGCCCUCCCCAGCGUUGGUCUUCCUUCUGGCGAUCUUCCUUCUGGCGUUAUUCCUUCCGGCGUUGUUCCCUCCGGUGUCGUUUCCAGCAUUGGCUCCAAGGUAACCGGCCCUAUCGAUGGCGAUAACGUUGCCCUCCCCAGCGUUGGUCUUCCUUCUGGCGAUCUUCCUUCUGGCGUUGUUCCCUCCGGUGUCGUUCCCUCUGGUGUCCUUUCCAGCGUUGGUUCCAAGGUCACUGGCCCUAUCAAUGGCCACAACGUUGCCGUUCCUAGUGCUGGUGUUCCUUCUGGUGUUGUGCCCUCCGGUGUCCUUUCCAACGUUGGCUCCAAGGUUACUGGCCCUAUCGAUGGCGAUAACGUUGUCCCUACCGGUAUUCUUCCUUCCGGCAGCGUUCCCUCCGGUGUUGUUUCUAGCGUUGUCUCCAUGGUCACUGCUGAUCCCAUCAACGGCGACAAAAUUGCUGACCCCUCUGCCGUCACCGCCCCCGCUGAGUGGACCACUUCGACCAUCUAUGCCACCACCACCUCUACUAUCACCAGCUGCGCUCCUGACGUAACCGACUGCCCUGCCAAGAUCGGCCAGGUCACCACCGUUACUGUCCCCAUCGGCGUUACCGUCUGCCCCGUUACCGCCACCGAGACUGCCGCCCGCGCUCCUACAGGCAUCUUUACCUCGGUCCCCGUCGAGUCGAUCCCUGCUGGCUUCACCACCUCGACCGUCUACAGCACUGCCACCUCCACCAUCGCUAGCUGCGCUCCUGAGAUGACCGACUGCGCCGGCAAGAUUGGUCAGGUCACCACCAUCAUCGUUCCCGUCGGCGUCACCGUCUGCCCUAUCACCGAGGCCUUCCCUCCUGCCACCUCGGUCCCCGCCGCUCCCGCCGCUGUUCCCACCGGUGCUGCUAGUGUCCCUGCUGUCUCCGCUGUUCCCACUGGUGGUGCGGGUGUUCCCGCCGUCUCCGCGCCCGUUGUUCCCUCCGGUGGUGCUGGUGUUCCCGCCGUCUCCGCGCCCGUUGUUCCCUCCGGUGUUGCUGGUGUUCCCGCCGUCUCCGCCCCCGUUGUUCCCUCCGGUGGUGCUGAUGUCCCUGCCGUCUCCGCUCCCGCUGUUCCCACCGGUGGUGCUGGUGUUCCCGCCGUCUCCGCGCCCGUUGUUCCCACCGGUGGUGCUGGUGUUCCCGCCGUCUCCGCGCCCGUUGUUCCCUCCGGUGGUGCUGGUGUUCCCGCCGUCUCCGCGCCCGUUGUUCCCUCCGGUGGUGCUGGUGUUCCCGCCGUCUCCGCGCCCGUUGUUCCCUCCGGUGUUGCUGGUGUUCCCGCCGUCUCCGCGCCCGCUGUUCCCUCCGGUGGUGCUGAUGUUCCCGCCGUCCCCUCCAACGGUGCCCCCGGCGCUGGUGUUAACAAGGUCGCUACCAGCUCCAUCGUCUCCGUCUCCUCCAUGCCAUUCACCACCAUCACCGUCGCCAAGCCCGCCGCUUCCGCCCCCGGUGCUCCCGGUGCCCCUGGUGCUGGUGUCCCUGCCGAGUCCGCGGCUGUGCCCGCCGGUGGUGCCCCUGCCGUUCCCUCCGCCGUCAACGCUCCUGUUGUCCCCAGCGGCGCUGUCCCCACUGGCACCGGCGUCUCGGUUGCUCCCUCUAGCGCUCCCUCCACCUACAGCAUGCCUGCGCCGCCUGCUCAGACCGAGCCUGCGACCGGCUCUGAGCCCUCGGAGGUUCCUGUCACUGCUGGCGCCGGACGCAACGUUGUUGCGAUGGGUGUCCCUGCUUUGAUGGCUGCUUUGGUUCUUGCUUUGUAAACAUUUUUUUUGUGAUAUGCAUGUGGGAAGAAUUUUGAAUGGAGGAUGAAACAAGUGAAAGGGAUGGAUGGGUGUACAUGGAUGAAGAAGCUGAAGAGCAAGAAGAAGAAGAAGAAACUUUUUUGGAUAUGCAUGAUUAGCAAGCUUUUUUUCCCUCGGACAUAUUAGAAAGUGUUUUUUACCUUACAUAAUGUACUUGCAUCGUACCUGUUACCUACCCAUCCAUGUUGCAUCUCUUUCUCAUUCUUCUCCAUGUGUCCAAUCAUGUCUGGCGGUUUACUAUACCAUUCUGCAUUCAUUCAAUCCAUCCUAGAAGUAUGGACGGGAGAAAUAACAACAAAGCAAAGCGCGCGAACGAGCGAGCGAGC